CAGGACUUGAAGAUACUGAAAAUCUGUCUGGCUCCAAAUUCUUUUGCAAGCCAAAGGAGGAGUAACCAGUGGGGACGAGAGGUUGAGAACGUUCAACUUCCCUGCAAACUUUGGUACAGAUCACUUCUUUUUCCGUAGGUUGCCACCAAAGAGCACAAUGAGCACAAGAAAGCGUCGUGGUGGAACAGUAAGUUCUAGACAAACCCAGAAACGAACUCGGGAAGCAACCUCCACCCCUGAGAUUUCUUUGGAAGCAGAACCCAUAGAACUCGUGGAAACUGCUGGAGAUGAAAUCGUGGACCUUACCUGUGAAUCUUUAGAGCCAGUGGUUGUCGACCUGACUCACAAUGAUGCUGUUGUGAUUGUUGAUGAAAGGAGAAGGCCAAGGAGGAAUGCUAGGAGGCUGCGCCAGGACCAUGCUGAUAGCUGUGUGGUGAGCAGUGACGAUGAAGAACUGUCCAGGGACAGAGACGUGUAUGUGACCACCCACACUCCCAGAAACGCCAGGGAUGAAGGUGCUACAGGAGUGAGGCCAUCUGGUACUGUCAGUUGUCCGAUCUGCAUGGACGGAUACUCAGAGAUUGUGCAGAAUGGACGUCUCAUUGUUUCUACAGAAUGUGGCCAUGUCUUCUGUAGCCAGUGCCUCCGUGAUUCCCUUAAGAAUGCUAACACUUGUCCAACUUGUAGGAAAAAGAUCAACCACAAACGGUACCACCCCAUUUAUAUAUGAAGUGUUUAGAGCUGCUCAGGAGAGACGGAUGGACAGACAGCCUGGCUGGGUUCUCCAUGUGGUAUCUGCCUCCAUUUUCCUGAGCUCAAAAAGACUAUUUCCAAACCAACAUCUGAUGUGUAAACUGCUCUUUUGUUUCCAGCCCCCUUUUAGAUCCUUUUGUUUCUCCAGUUUGAUGCUGUGGAGCUGGACCCAGGGCUGUCCCAGGCCAGGCUCUACAUUCCUGUUCCUGGGGUGGUCUGAUUCCAGAGUAGGAGAAAGGGAGUCAGGCACGUUGGACUAGAGAAUUGUGGUUCCACUCUGUUUCCGGAACCUGCACGUUUGCCAAGAAGUUUUCCCUAUUUGGAAAGUUUGCCCCAGCUCUCCCAGCACGCCACCUUUCAUCCCAAGCGUCUGCCAGUCGACCAGUGUGCCUGCCACACAUUGACCAAGCCAGACACGGUCCACCCAGCUCGAGGAUCCCAGGUGCAAGAGUGGCCCCCAGAGACUCUGGAAAGACCAACCACUGGACUUUUUCUUCUUCCCUUGAGAGUCAGAGGUCACCCAUGAUUCUGCCUGCACCUUAUCAUUGAUACGCAGAGAUUUCUGCAAAUCAAGAGAACCUCUGCAGGGCAAUCCCCUGUUCCCUAAGAACGAAAAAGUGCAAUAAGCCCGUUCUUUACCUACUUUUCAGCAGCCCAGGAGAUGUAGCACUGUUAGUGUCGCCCUCGGAGGCCUAAUGUCACCUGUGGAGCAGUGCCCGUCCCACCCCAUCUCUGUUCACCAUCUGUUCUCAGGAACCUUACCCAUGCUCCAGUGUCCUUCACCUGGCAUAGGACAUGCAAGGUAAAUAGGACAGGCACGUAUUUGAGUGUCCUCUCUCUGUUCUGAUAAAUUCACCCUGUGUUUGCCACGUGCCCUCUAGUCCUCAACUCCUCACUUCCCACUGCCUGAUGUCUGCCCUGGCGUAGACACUGGGAGGUGGUGGCAGUAGUCGUGGCCUUAUCAGCCGCUCACUUCCAUGCUUUCACCCAAGUCUCUGUUGCCCUAUAUUUUAAAGAACUUGGCCCACCAGACUUGGUACUGACGUGGCUUUUUCAUCCACCCACCCAUUGGCAUUUGUUUCAGAAGCUGCUCUUCUGCCCAGCUGGGCUUUGAUCCUUUGGGCUUUUGACUGCUCCAUAGGUUUUGGGUGACUUAUCCUCCCCAAGGGGCCCAAAUAACAACCUCUGCUCCACUCCACAAGUGUGUGGGAGCCUCAAGUUCUCUCAGAGGCAGCACAGUGCAUGGGGAUGGCUGAUAGGGGAGAGGCCUUGCAGCACCAGCCUGCCUCCACCUCCACACUCCUCCUUCCUCACAGGGCUUCAAGCCAAACCAACAGCCUUUUCGUUUGAAACAUCUUCAAAGUGGGAAAGGGGCCACUUCUGGCUUUGCUAGCAAUAACUGACCUUCAGUUUACUUUUCUGAAGGAGCAGGGACUCAGCACAGAAUUCACUUUAAACGGGGCUGAAGGAGUGUCCCUCCUCUAUGUGAAAAGAAAAUAGUUUUAUUCUUCAUUCUGACUUUUAACUGUUUGGCUCCCUUCCAGUUAGUUUGAAUGAAAGUAAUAAUUUCUACUUGGAAUCGAAGAGGGCAGGAGUGUUAACGCUCAUCAUUGUGAUGUGUAACGUGUCUGCCCUCCACUUGGACAUCAUUACCGUUAAGUUCCUUUGGGCUUCAUGGAAAUGCUCUUGUUCCACUCUAAUGAUGCCCAGACUUCAGGAGCCAAGGUGACCAUGCGGUCCACUAAUAAGCAUGGUAAUACCCAUUUCCAAGUUUCUUUAAAUUUUAUCCUUAAAGACAACUUAAGUGGUUGAUCAUAAAACUUGUAUUACUUCAUCCUAAAUUAAAUUAGUAAAACAUGUGAUUAGUUUCUACUAUUCAGAAACUGCAAACUAGGAAAAGAUUGGUAUGAAAAAAUCCCUUUCCUUUCCUCAGUGUACAUAGUUCAGCUCUUUCUUUGUUACAUUUAAACUAUAUCCAUGGACAUCAGUCUGUUUUUGACUCAUCUGCUAGUGUUAAAGAUGGAAAUAAAACCAUUAAUUUGAAC